UAGUGAAGUAAUAAUUCAUAUAUAUUUAUAUAAAUAAAUAACAAGCAAUAAUUUCUUGUUUAUCAUGUGAUGUGUUAUAUUAUAACAUAUGAUUGCGUAUGAUUUUGUAUUUUAAAUGUAGCUACUUAACCUACAAAGAUAGUCUCAACUUUAAAAAAAGAAAACUCAAUUAUCACAGACUAAUAUAAGACGAAUAUUAUUCACAUUACCACAAGAAUUUUGAAUAUUGCGGGAAUAAAAAAAGCUUUAUUAGGUGUAUUUAUUCGAAUCUGUUGUACCAAAAAUAAAACAAGUAUAAUCUGCCUAAUAGGCUCCAGUACAUUAAUAUAAUAAUAUAAUGUUUAAAUUAUUACAAUAUUUACACAUGCAUGAUAUAUAAGUAAUAAGUAUAUAUGUAUGUACGUAUGAUCAACAACAUAAAAAAUUUUAGGUGUAUUUAUAUAAAAAAGUCUAUAUAUUAUACAUUUUAUGUAAUAAUGGAUGUGUUAGAACCAGAAUUAGUUUGGAUCAAUGGACGAUGUUAUAGAUUUUAUGAAAGUAGUGCUUGGAAAAACAUGGAUACAUCCGCACCAUACGUGGAAGAUGAAGAACUAGUUUCUUCCGAAGAUGAAUCUGAUACUGACAUAGAAAUAGUAUCUUGUGGUACAAUGUUUAAACACACUUUUUAUGUGCCCACAGCUUUUUAUGCAAAUAUAAUUGGUGCAAAGGGUUCAACAAGAAAAAGAUUGGAAAGUGAGACAGGAACGACGAUAGAAGUACCAAGAAAAGGAAAAGUUGCAGACAUUGCUAUUUUGGGACGAGAUCGUAAAGCUAUAAUAUCAGCAAGACAUAGAAUUGAUUUGCUAAUAGAGGAUGUAAGAAAGAAGAAACGUUAUACACAUUUCUUGUCGAUCCCUUUGAAUAAACAGGAGAUAAUCGAUAAUUUUAAUUCUUUCAAAACCGAUGUAUUGGAAAAAUACGCGAAAUCUACACGUAAUAUAGACGAAUCACUUUUUCAAACAGCAUCCAAAUUGCAUAUUACUAUUGGAAUGCUUAAAUUAUUUGAUGAUAAUGAGAAGAAACAAGCUUUUGACGUUCUUAACGAUUGUAAAGAAAAGGUCAUAAAACCUAUUCUUGAAGAAAGUGAACCAUUAAAGAUACAGUUACGCGGAGUUGAAUGUAUGAAUGACGAUCCUACUGAAGUUAAAGUUUUAUUUGCAAAAAUUAGUCAAAACGACAAAUUACAAAAACUUGUUGAUGAAACUGUCAAUCACUUUGUCGAUUUUGGUUUGAUGAAGAAAGAAAGAGAAAAUGUAAAGCUACAUGCUACCUUGAUGAAUGUGUCAUUCAAAGAUGAUCAUUCGUCAAGAUUUAAAGAAAAAAUUGAUGCGACCGAAAUAUUCAAAGAUCAUAAGGAGACUUUAUUUGGGGAAAUCACGUUAAAUCAAAUUGAUAUUUCUGAACUUGGCACUGCCAGCAAAAAUAAUUACUAUAAAUCUAUAGGUAGCAUUACAAUUUGAAAGGAUAUACUAUGAUUGUAACAAAUAAUGAGCUUGUUAUUGCAAACGACAGUAAGUUAUGUCAGAACAAUAUUUCAAUCAUAUACUAUAUAUCGAUAUUAUAUAAUUAUUUUAUUCCUGUUUAAUAUGUUAAUAUGUUAUACCAUAAUGAUACAGAUUAUACAUGUUAUAAUACAGUAAAUAAUAGUAGAUGCAGUAAUAUAUAAAUGUAUCAAGAUAAUAUUAUAUUCCGAUACUUAUAUUACUUUUGAAGAUUGUUAUUUUUAAAAGUUGUAAUAUAUGUUAUUUUUACAUGUAUACAUAUUUACAUCAUCAUAUGAAAUAUGUGAUAUACAACAGAAAUAUAUAUUUUUCACACGUUU